AUGAAUAACUUCAUUUCUAGACAUUUAAAAUCACACCAGAGAAUACACACGGGGGAGAAACCUUAUAGCUGUGCUCAAUGUGGGAAGAGUUUUACUACAUCUGGCCAGCUGACUUUACACCAGAGAACACACACAGGAGAGAAACCUUAUAGCUGUGCUCAAUGUGGGAAGAGUUUUGUUCAAUCUGGCCAGCUGACUUUACACCAGAGAACACACACAGGGGAGAAACCUUAUAGCUGUGAUCAAUGUGGGAAGAGUUUUGUUCAAUCUGGCCAGCUGACUUUACACCAGAGAACACACACAGGAGAAAAACCGUAUACCUGUGAUCAGUGUGGGAAGAGUUUUGUUCAAUCUGGCCAUCUGACUGUACACCAGAGAAUGCAUACAGGAGAGAAGCCUUAUAGCUGUGAUCAAUGUGGGAAGAGUUUUGCUGCAUCUAGAAAUCUGACUCUACACCAGAGAAUACACACAGGAGAGAAGCCUUAUACCUGUGAUCAAUGUGGGAAGAGUUUUACAGGGUCUAGCAAUCUGACAAUACACCAGAGAACACACACAGGAGAGAAACCUUAUAGCUGUGAUCAUUGUGGGAAGAGUUUUGGUCAAUCUGGGAAGCUGACUGUACACAGGAGAAUACACACAGGAGAGAAGCCUUAUAGCUGUGAUCAAUGUGGGAAGAGUUUUACAGGAUCUAGAAAUCUGACAAUACACCAGAGAAUACACACAGGAGAGAAGCCUUAUAGCUGUGAUCAAUGUGGGAAGAGUUUUACAGGACCUAGAAAUCUGACAAUACACCAGAGAAUACACACAGGAGAGAAGCCUUAUAGCUGUGAUCAAUGUGGGAAGAGUUUUAUUACAUCUAGCAAUCUGACUCGACACCAGAGAAUA